GCCGGAAGCGGAGGGAGGGCGGCGAUGGCGCUGGACCCGCGCUGGCCGCUGGCGCUCGCCCGCGGCGCCGUCCCGGUGGCGCUGGGGCUGCUGCUGUGGGUGGCGAUCGCGGGCGGCGAGCAGGAGCGGCAGCAGACGCUGAAGGCCCAGCCCGGGGCGGACGCGACUCUGGCGCAGCGGCGGCGCCACAACGAGCUGAUCAUGGCGGCGCUGCGCGAGGCGGCCGAGACCGACGAGAACGUGGCGCAGCGGGCGGUGCCGUGGCGGAAGUGACGUCAGCACCGGGAGCCGCUCUCCCGCCGUUUCCCGGUGACCCCCGCAUUCCCCCGGAACCAUCAGCGCUGGGCGCGGUCGCGCCCGGAACUCUUUCGCGCGGGCGCGCCCGGACUGCAAUAAAUCACGGACACUUCCGGCGUCGUUUCCGGCUCCGCCAUGUCGCCGGCGGGCGCGGAGGCCGCACCGGACGCGGCGCCGCUGCCGGGCCCCGCUGCGGGCUCGCCGCGGCCGCUGUUCGGCGGCUGCUGGAGCUGCCGCCUGCUGAGCGGCGCGGGGCUGCUGAUGGCCGCCGUGUGGGUGUACCAGGGCCCGCGCCGCGCCAUGAGGAAGGGCGUCCCGCCCUCCAUGGGCGCCAUCGCCCAGAUCACGUUCGCCGCCGGGCUGGCGGGCUGGGCCAUCGUCAUCCUCGCCGACCCCGUGGGACGGCGGCCGCGCCGCGAGCCCUGAGGGGACCCGAAACGGAGCCGGGGGUCCCGAAAACGGAGCCGGGACCCCCGAAAAUGGAACCGGGACCCCC